UAAUGGCGUCCUCUAUGACGGGAGACGGCAUGAGUGAAGCUCAAACUGGGAAAAAAUCGAAAAAGACGAAAAACCAAGAUAAUGAGUCUGAUCUCCUGACUGUUCCUGAUGGCUGGAAAGAGCCACAGUUCACCAAAGAUGACAACCCCCGUGGUCUGCUGGAGGAGAGCAGCUUUGCCACCCUCUUCCCCAAAUACAGAGAAGCCUACCUGAAGGAGUGCUGGCCGCUGGUGGAAAAGGCUUUAGGAGAGGCAAACGUCAAAGUCUCUCUGGACCUGAUCGAGGGCAGCAUGAGCGUUUGCACCACGAAGAAAACCUUCGACCCCUACGCCAUCAUGAGAGCCAGAGACCUCAUCAAGUUGCUUGCCAGGAGUGUGCCGUUUGAACAGGCCGUGCGGAUAUUACAGGACGACGUGGCCUGUGACAUCAUCAAGAUCGGGACCCUGGUGAGGAACAGGGAGCGCUUUGUGAAGCGGAGGCAGCGGCUGAUCGGCCCCAAAGGCUCCACCCUAAAAGCGUUAGAAUUGUUGACCAACUGCUAUGUGAUGGUGCAGGGGAACACGGUGUCGGCCCUGGGGCCCUACAACGGCCUGAAGGAGGUGCGCAAAGUGGUCAUGGACACAAUGAAAAACAUCCACCCCAUCUACAACAUAAAGACUCUGAUGAUCAAACGGGAGCUUUCCAAAGACCCCGACCUGCGGGUGCAGAGCUGGGAGCGCUUCUUGCCCAAGUUCCGCCACAAGAACCUGACCAAGCGCAAGGAGCCCAAGAAGAAGAGCGUGAAGAAGGAGUACACGCCGUUCCCUCCACAGCAGCCAGAGAGCCAGGUUGACAAAGAGCUGGCCACAGGAGAGUUCUUCCUGCGUGAGAGUGUGAAAAAGAGGAAGAGGAUGGAAGAGAUCAAGGUGAAACAAGUGGAGGCACUGACUAAAAAGCAGGAAGAGCGAAACAAAGCAUUCAUUCCUCCUAAAGAGAAGCCAUUAAUGAAGAAGACCGUUAAAGCUCCUGCUGAAGGUAAACUCGACAUCGAAGCCAUCAAGGACAAAGUGAAAAAAGCCAAAACAAAGAAACUGGGGGCUCCACCAGUGAACCCAGCUCCUCCCACAAACAGCACCAGCGACAAAAAGAAAAAGAGCAAAACAAAAAACAAAGGCUAACCACAGACUGCUGUUGUAAUGUGUACCAUGUGAUAUGGUAUGUGCUGGACAGUCAUAUGGGACAGAGAGACACACAGAGAGAAGACGUGUGUGUGUGUGUGUGUUCUUGGAUCAAGAUGAACUUUUUAUUGAACUACUUUUGUUAUAGUGAGGAUUUCCUGAUUAUAUUCUCCUGUGUAUCAUCAUCUGUCUGGAGACUCAACUGACCACCGCUUAGUGAUGCAAUACAUUCUCCUCUUGUCUGCCUCAUUUGUUCUCUGCUAACUAUUGUCCACAUUUUGAAUGGUCAAUAUUUAUAUGUUUCAAGAUAUAUUUUCUCUUCUGUUAAGAUGUGUAUUCAGGAGGAGGCAAACUUAGUAAAAUGGGAUUGUGAAAUUAAAUGAAAAGUCAAUUUUUCAAAAACCUGGACAUUAUUUUUGUACUGAUGACCAUCAUCUCUUAUGGUAAUUACCACAUUUUGACCG